AUGUACAUUGAGUCUGCAGAUGCAUCUCUGAAUUCAUUUGCUAUAUAUUUCGGAGAUGCAUCUUCGAAAUUGUUUGUUCUUAGCACCAAAGUUGUUGUAAGUAAUGAUACAAAACAUGAUGAAGUGAAGGAUGAUGUUAAACCGGAUGAGGUGAAUGACGAUGUUAAACCGGAUCAGGUGAAAGACGAUGUUAGACCUGUUGAUGUCGAGAUAGAUGUUGGUCAACAAUUUACAAAUGAAAAAUUGUUUACUGUUCGUGAACAUAUCCUCGAAUGGGUCUGCAUGGUGGUUGGGAAUUUGGGGUUUAACACUGUAAUAGGAAGGUCCGACAAUGAUGAUACAUGGAAAUUUAAUGUGAUUUCUGAUUUACAUAAUCAUGCAUUACAAUCCAAGUUAGCUGGUCAUCCCAUCGUACGUCGCCUUAAACCAGAGGAGAAAGAAAUUGUUUCAGACAUGUCUUUAGUUAGUGUGGCGCCUAAAAACAUACUUGCAUAUUUGAAACGGAAAAGACCUGUAAGUGUUUCAAAUAUCAAGCAGGUAUACAAUGCGCGUUAUCUAAACAAUACGGCGAUAAGAGGUCCAAGAUCCAAAAUGCAACAACUUUUGAAGCUUUUGGAUGACAACCAUUAUGUUUCUAGGUACACAGUUUGUGAGGAUAAAGUCUGUAAGAUCCAAAGUAAUCCAAGCCUUGUAUAA